AUGGUAGUGGGCGAACAGGUUCUCUCACAGCGGCUGACAUCGAGCGGCGGGGGGUUCUGCUCAUGUACCGGCUCGUCGUUCGCGACCCCCGUCGCCGCCUCCAUCGGCGCCCUGGUGCUGGCCUUCGCAUCGCAGAUCGUGUGCUACGCGAACUAUGUGGAGGCCAGCGAGCAUAUCGACCCCAAGACUUUGCGCACCACUAACGGGAUGAUCAAGGUCCUGAAGGUCAUUAGUACGCAACCCGAGUUUGGCGGCCACUGGUCUUUGAACACGCAGAUGUUCUGGGCCUCUUACAAGCCCUAUAGGGAUGCCGAAAAGGAUGAGGAGAAGGCCCGAGAGCACGCCUGGGGCCUGAUAAAGGACGCGCUGCGUUCAUAA